AUGGUAGAAAAAGAACCUGAAGAAUCAUAUUAUUUAUCAAGUGAAACAGAUGAAAGUGAAGAAAGUUCAACAGAUAGUUAUUCAAAAGAAGAGUUUGAAGAAGGAAAAGAAAAUGCAGAAAUAAUUGAAUCUGAAGAUUUUAGGGAAGAAGAAUAUUCAAUGGAUGAGUUAGUUUAUAUGUAUAGAAGUGCUUAUCAUUAUUCGUUAGAUAAUUUUUAUAAUACUUUUCAAGAAAUUAAAGAGAAGAAUAAUGCUUUAAAAGAAGAUAAACAAAAACUUAUACAAAUUUAUUCUUCUUCUAAAGAACUUAUUGAAGAAUUAAAGAAGAGAGAUGACUGUCUUACAAAAGAAUAUGAUGAACUUCUUGACAAAUAUGAAGAAGAACAACGCAGUCAUACAAAAACUAUUGAAGAAUUACAAGAGUUAAAGAAAAGUGAAUUAUUUGGAAGUACCAGUGCCAACGUUAUUGCAUCAUUAAAUAUUAAAAUUGAACAUGGAAAAAUAGAAAAUAUUGAAGUCGUUCAAUCAAUGAAUUCUAUGGAAAAUGAAUCGUUAAUGAAAGUUGCAUUAUUAGAGAAAACAGUUGAAGAGAAAAUGAGAAAGGAAAAAAUACUUUUAGAAGAGAAAGAUCGAAUUACUAAAGAAAGAGAAUUAGAAAUUCAACGAAUUAAUAAUGAAAAGAAUCAAAUGCUUCAUGAGAAAGAAGAGUUGAUUGAAAAACAAAGAAUAAAAGAAAAAGAAAUGAAAGACAAAAUUCAAUUAAUGGAAACACAGUUAAAAGCUAAAGAUGAAUUGUUAAUGAAAAAAGAAAAACUUAUUGAAGAAAGUUUACCAGUUCAAGAAAAUAAAGUAAGACAUUCUAUUGCACAGUCAGAGGUAAUUAAAGAAUCAGCAACGCCAAGAGAUAAGUAUAAUAGAACUUCAAGAAGUGUUGAUGUUACUCCAUCUUUUAAAACAUCAACAUUUAUCAAGUUUGAAGAAUUUAAAUUUUUCAUUCCAAGUAUUAAUGAUAUUUAUAUAAUGAAUAAAACCAAGGAAUUAUAUAUAUUUGGUAAUGAAAAGAUUACUUUUGUUAAAAAAAUAAAUUAUGACUUUGGAACUCAUCCAUAUAUUGUAGGAACGUUAUUGUUUUCACUUAAAAAUAAGAAAAUAAAUAGUUAUGAAAUUAUGACAGAGAAAGAAAAUAAUGACUCAGCUUUAAAUGAUAUUUCAGCAUUUACUAUUUGUAAUAAUAAUAUUUGGCUUGCUAUGCCUAUGUUUAAUCAAAUCGGAAUUGUUUCUUUCAAUUAUCAACGAAUAAAAACUAUUCCAAUGAAUUUUACACCAUCAAUAAUGAAAGUUUAUGGAAAUUAUGUUUUUAUUGCUGGAAGAACACAUUACAGUAUUAUUUCAUCAUUAGGAAAUAUUGUGUAUAAUGCAGAAAUAAAAGUAUCUAUGAUAGACUCUAUUUGUUUAGCAGAAUCUCGACAUAAAAGAGAUUGUAGGAUGAUUAUAUUAAGUAAUAAAGAAUUAUACGAUUUUGGUACAAAGUUACAACGUCAUAAUAUUAUUAAGUCAGAAAUAGUUGGAACCUGUUGUGUUUGUGGACAAAAUUGUAUGGAUUUAGAAUGCUGUGUUUGUCAUAAAAGAUAUCAUAACAAAUGUUUUACAAAAACAAUGCAUGAAAUUGAGCCUUGUUGUGAGAUAAAGUAA